CUGUUCUCCUGAAGCGAGUGAGCAAGUGAUCGAGUGAUCGAGUGAUCGGGGAUUCCAGGACAAGGGAGGGAGCCCCGCGUCUGCUGCAGAUUGAUGGCUGUGUCCUUGGAACGGAACAGAGCGCCUCCAGGAAGCUCCCAGCAGGCAACAUGGGGGAGACGGACACCAGAGAGCUGCAAGGACCCCUCCAGGAGCUGCUGGCAGCUGGUCCAGCCCCAACCUCUUCCCCUUCCUUUCUCACCUUUUAAUGAUCUUUGCAGACCCUGGGGAUCCUCAAGGGUUUUUUGCCCCCUACUCGGCAGAAAAGCACUUCCUGGGGGUCUCAUCCAGGGAUCCCCUUUGUGCUUAGAGGCUUCCAGGAAAGACUUGUGCCAUGAUACCACGUGCUCAGAAGCCCCAUCUUCCAGGGCUCCAGCCCCCGAUGUAGCUGCCUUCCCGUGCCACUGACUCCUGAGUCCACGGACACAGCCCCGGCCCCAAUGGGCUCCCUUCAGCACAACUGUUGCCAGCUGCCUAAAAUGGGAGACACCUGGGCCCGGCUGCCCUGGCCCGGGCCACCCCACCCAGCCAUGCUGCUGGUUUCCCUCCUCCUGGCCACUGGGGUGAUGCACUCGGAUGCCGGCACCAGCUGCCCGGUCCUUUGCACGUGCCGAAACCAGGUGGUGGAUUGCAGUAGCCAGCGGCUGUUCUCGGUGCCCCCAGACCUGCCAAUGGACACCCGCAACCUCAGCCUGGCCCACAACCGCAUCGCCACCGUGCCCCCCGGCUAUCUCACGUGCUACAUGGAGCUGCGGGUGCUGGAUUUGCGCAACAACUCCCUGGUGGAGCUGCCCUCGGGCCUCUUCCUCCACGCCAAGCGCUUGGCACAUCUGGAUCUGAGCUACAACAACCUCAGCCACGUGCCGGCGGACAUGUUCCAGGAGGCCCACGGGCUGGUGCACAUCGACCUGAGCCACAACCCGUGGCUGCACAGGGUGCACCCCCAGGCCUUCCAGGGCCUGGCGCAGCUCCGGGACCUGGACCUCAGCUACGGGGGCCUGGCCUUCCUCAGCCUCGAGGCGCUCGAGGGCCUGCCGGGGCUGGUGACCCUGCAGAUCGGCGGCAACCCCUGGGUGUGCGGCUGCACCAUGGAGCCCCUCCUGAAGUGGCUGCAGAACCGGAUCCAGCGCUGCACAGCGGAUUCUCAGCUGGCUGAGUGCCGGGGCCCCCCUGAAGUCGAGGGUGCCCCACUUUUCUCCCUCACAGAGGAGAGCUUCAAGGCCUGCCACCUGACAUUGACCUUGGACGAUUACCUCUUCAUCGCGUUCGUGGGCUUCGUGGUCUCCAUCGCAUCUGUGGCCACCAACUUCCUCCUGGGCAUCACAGCCAACUGCUGCCACCGCUGGAGCAAGGCCAGCGAAGAGGAAGAGAUUUGACGUGGGUGCCUCCCGUCCCUCUGUGCCACCCACUGCUGCUGCUGACCACCUUUCCUCUUUGCCCAUUCUGGGUCCAUGACCCCUGGCCUCCACUGUCACUGCUCCAGCAAGUUUGGGAAACGAAUUUCGUAUAAGCCUCCGCUUUGGCCCAGGCACUGUGCUGGGAUCUAGGAAUAGAAGAUGAAUCUGACUCAGUCCCUACCCUCAAGGCACUCAUCUCUACUAGGAAAGAGGGAUUCAAAAACUAUUCCCAUUCAGACCAUCUGUCAGUUCUCUGAGCACAUAUUUAUGGAAGCUCAAAGGAGGAGAUCACUGAUUGCACCUAACAAAGUCAAGAGAAUUAACAAGAGUGGCAGGGAUUUGUGAGCUGGGUUAUGAAGAAUGAGUAGGAACUUGUCAAGUAACCAAGAAGAGCAGGCAUAAGCAAAUGACAGAGGCCCAAAACAUGCAUGGUGGGUUGAGAACCAUGAAAAAUCCCUAUGACUUAUGGGAGAACAGCACAGAAGAACUGAAACUUUCCCUGUGACACCCAAUCUGUCAGCUCUCGGCACUGCCAACCACUGCCUCCAGAGACUGAGAAGGCCUCCAUGCCAGCCUUGAGGCCUCCUCCUACCAGCUGCUCCCAGGUGAGGCCACCUCCUAGUCCCUCACUCCACAUCGCCAACUGCAGCUGCUGGUGAGGUUCCAGGCAGUAAGAUGAUGGUGGACACCCUGCAGUGCCCUUUCUCCUACCCCAGUCUCCUGCCUCUCACUCAUGUCUUCGCUUUGGAAAAGGAAGGCAGGAGAUCCAGCAACUGGGUCAGCAAGAGUCCUGGCACCCUGGACCUCCAGCCAUGUGAACUGUUCUUGCCCUAUGCUCAUGGCACAGGAUCUCACCAGGAAAGUGCACUGUAGGCCACGGACCCACAGCAUGAGAAUACCCAGGGCUGGAGGAGUAGAAAGCCAAUGCAGCCACAGCUGUAGGAGGGCCUGCUCUUUCUUUGAAGCAACUCACCCAUUCGAGCAUAAGGGUGAGAAAGUUGUUAAUUACCAAGACUUGCCAGCACCAGGCACUGUGAUGGCUCUCUUCUCAGACAAUGCCCUUUGAUGCUCAUGGCCAUCUUUUGGGGUGAACUUUGCUGUUCCCAUUUGAGAGAUGAGGAAAUUAAGGCUCAGAGAGCUUAAAGUCACUUGCAACGUAAUGAGCAAAGUAAAGGCUGUGACUCUUCCCACUACCCCAUCCAGGUUUGUGAACAUCGCAGUUCCCACCAAAGUUAUAUAAAUUCAAAUUAAAGUAGCGCUGAUAAGCCUUCUCAUAAGGGCCUGGCACUGCACUGGGCACUUUGACAUAUUGACUCAUGUCUUUCAACUCUCACAGCAACAUGGCCUGGUGGUUUUUAUUAUUCCCAUUUUGCAGAUGAGUGAACUGUGGCUCAGAGAGCUGAGACUUACCCACGGUUAUCUGGAUAAACCCUAGAAGGAAGGUAACUGCUUCUCCAUUCAAGGAAACCGUGUGCAAUCAGUCAAAAAUUAAGUAACUUUGUAUGCAAAGCACAGAUAUCAUUGUCAUCAUCAUUGCCGUCAUCUCCAUCUUCAUCAUCACCUCCAUCAGCUUCAUCAUUAUCUUUUCUGUACGUGACAGCACAGGUCAGUUCAGGAAUGAAGUGCUUUCACAUCCUUCUCAUUGACUUUUCACAGCACUGUGCCAGAGGCAACCCAAACCUCAUCCUGUCUUACAAAUGGGAAAAUAGAGGUUCAAGAGAGGGCAUGACUUGCCUAAGUGGCAGGAUUGGAACUCUUCACUCCAAUUUUGUUCUCUUUCCAGUGCAUUCCCAGGUGCUUGGGAAAGAGAAUGCCUUGAAGGCUGGGUUGAGGGACCCUGAGUUCCAGCAGCCAUGAGCGUGCUGGUACAUCAGCUAAACGAAGGGCAGUAGAGCCCAGCAGCUAUACACAUUUGGAUAUGCUCACCGUAGGGCACAUCACAGCCUCUGAAACAUAAGAGGCAGCACAGGAGACACCUCUCUGGCCGUACAUAAAUAAAGCAUUAGAACUGGUGGCCAGAAUGACAGUCAUGUAAAAAAUAAGAUCUUUGGGAAAUAGGAGAGGAAGCUGUGUUAACCAACCCUGCUGUGUUGUGCCACAAGAGAUACCUAGGGUAGAGAGAAAGCUGUGGGAUGAAAAGCUCUGCAGGAUAAGUGAAGAGAGAACUGGGAGAACCAAGAAGGUGGAGACUAUUAAUGAUGCUGGAUGGGGAGGCUGGUAUAUUUGACUAGAUUUCAGGGCACAGUCUAACAUGUUGGCAGGGCGGGCUGGGAUCAGAAUUAAAGCAGGAGCUUUCUACCUUGCCCCCCACUCCCCAGCUCCAACAAGCAUCCAUCACCUCGUCCUCCUGGCAAGCCCUGAAAUGUAAGGCAGAGGAUAAUGCAUCACCUUCCAAGAAGUCUUCCCUCCCUGGUGCUUUCCUGAGCUCGUCAAUUAAAGGAGUCCCCAAAGACUCUGCUAGACCUGGAGGACUUGAACCCUGUGUCCCCUGAAUCUCUGAUUACAACAUCUGGGCCAGAGCCUUGCUCCUGUGACAUUUGGAGCAGAACUGCACACUGAUCUCUUGUAAUGUGGUCAAGGAGUGGCACACUCCAGCUGCUCUCUACCAACCUGAUAGCCUAAAGUAUUUGAGAAGGAGCUGUUUAGAAAUAUUAGUCCUAACACAAAUAGUUAAGCCUCCCAUACAGGGACACCAUCUAUGCCUAUGAUAAUCUCCUAGGGGCUCUUGCUUGCUGGAAUAUAGGUAAUGUAUUUCAAGAUAAGUAGUUUUCUUUUUUACAUAGAACUAGGACCAAACAAGAUGCCAAAUGCCUCUUGAGAUCAGGUGUCUUUUCUAGUGGAACACUUUAGUCUCUGUUGGUAGCAAACCUUUCUAGAUGCAUGGGCUUUUAAAGAACAGAUGUUUCUCCAGCUGCUAGAAGGUCCCCAGUCAACUGAAGCACCAUGAGGGAAAUGCUGUGGUUCAUUCAACUUCCCAACUGCCAGUGAAUUCCCUGCUCCCUCCUCCAACACCAUGGCCUUGUUCGGGCUGUCAGAAUCGAGCACUCAGUGGCAUGCUUCUAGAGGCAGUCUAACAAUCCUGGUUGGAACUGUUCCCACAGCACAGGUGGGCUAGAAUCCAUAUAGUAUUCCCAAAGGACUUAAUUAAUUUUUUUUCCCAGACUGGUUAACCUGUGUGUGUUGGGGCAUCUUUGAGUCAGUGUGUCUGCCCCUGAGAUUCCAUAUAUGUAUUGGGUAUCUGCUGACAUGGAACAGAUCUCUCUGGAAUUUGGUUUCAGGUGUCUGCACACAGUCUUCUCAGCCAUAUGGCUGUUGCAUUUUUUGAUAAACAAAGAGGGAACUCCAUUAGGGUUGGAGUGGCACUGAGUGCUCAGAAAAUAUAAAAAGAGAAAAAUCUGUGGCUGAGGCAAUCUAAUAAGAGGUUUUCUCCCUAAUUCCCUCCACUUUUGACCCUCCGUAGACAUGUCCUAGUCACAGAGUCUUCCUUCAUGCUGGGCCCAAGGAUGUAGCUAACCAACAGGGCUCUAAAGGCCAACUUCAGGCCAAGAAAAUUGUUCUUUUCAAGAGACCCCAUGUCUGCACCAAACCACUCUGGACUAGUUGCCUCUAGCCACCCUCAGACAGACCUUUGUGUCUGCUUCUCCAUUCCUAUGAGGAUUCCCAAGGAACCCUGCAGAAACAGGUGCCCAAAGUUGCUGUAGAUUUUCCUGGCUCCUUUCAAGGAGCUUGUGUGGAAUUUGAACAGAUCAAGGCAGGUGUUUCUCUGCAAGUAUUGGGGAAGACCUACAGUCCCCAUUUUCCCCCUAGAUGUCUCUGUUGACAUUGCUCCAGCUCUAGAGAAUAUAAGGAGACAGCUUUGUCCACUCUUCAGAAGGACACCAUCCCCAAGCUAGAGUUACUUGUCUGCUCUCCCUACCCCAGAAGCAGGCUAGAGGGAAACAACGGAGGCUUGUUGCAAGGUCCUUCACAAAUCGCUGUUGUGUUUGCUGUGGUCCUGGAAGGAGAUGUGUGGAUCCACAGAGCUCUCAGUUUUUCUAACCGCUGUCCUGCGGAGU